AUGAACCCCUGCAAUUUCACCCACACCACUUUUAUUCUUCUAGGUCUCCCAGGACUGGAAGCUGCCCAGUUCUGGAUAGCAUUCCCUCUUCUGUCUAUGUAUGUUAUAGCAGUGCUGGGCAACUGCACGGUGGUUUUCAUUGUGAGAACAGAACAUAGUCUUCAUGCCCCCAUGUACCUUUUCCUUUGCAUGCUGGCAGCUAUUGAUUUGGCCCUCUCUACCUUCACAAUGCCCAAGGUCCUUGCUCUAUUCUGGUUCAACUCUCAGGAGAUCGCCUUUGAUCUGUGUCUCACUCAGAUGUUCUUUAUCCAUGCUCUUUCAGCCAUUGAGUCCACUAUUCUUUUGGCCAUGGCCUUUGACCGCUACGUGGCCAUCUGUCACCCCCUUCGGCAUGGGGCUGUGCUCACCAACACUUUCACAGCUCGGAUUGGCAUGGUAGCUGUGGUGAGGGGCUCUCUUUUCUUCCUUCCACUGCCAUUGCUCAUCAAGAGGCUUCAUUUCUGUGGUUCAAACACCCUUACCCAUUCCUACUGUGUGCACCAAGAUAUGAUGAAGCUGGCCCAUGCUGGCACCAUGCCCAAUGUGGUCUAUGGGUUAACUGCCAUCCUGCUCGUCAUGGGCGUUGAUGUUGUGCUCAUCUCACUCUCUUACUUCCUGAUCAUCCGUACUGUGCUACGGUUGCCAUCCCGGGCAGAACGGGCAAAGGCCUUUGGAACAUGUGUCUCCCAUAUUGGUGUGGUUCUAGCAUUUUAUGUGCCAUUAAUUGGUCUAUCUGUGGUGCACCGCUUUGGGAACAACCUCAACCCCAUUGUCCAUGUGCUCAUGGGCAAUGUCUAUCUGAUGUUACCACCUGUCAUCAAUCCUCUCAUCUAUGCUGCCAAGACCAAGCAGAUCCGAUCCAGGGUACUGGCCAUGUUCAAGAUUAUCUGUGGGAAGGAGGUUCAGGCUGUUAGCAGCAGCUGA